AUGAAUCUUAAUCUAGCAGAAAACGCCGAUGCCCCUACAGCGAUCACACUCACCAUUACGGAUACUGGCUCAGGCUUGGGUAUGAGUAUUGUGCGCCAAAUAAUCGACACGAACGGUGGCAAGGUUGAAGUCAGCAGUGACCGCAACGUGGGCACCAAGCUCAUUGUCAAACUUGCUCUCGCCAGACCGGAGGUAUCUGGUACGAUGACAGCGGAGCGAUCGCAGUUUCUGUCUUAUCUGCCGAGGCUCGAAGGCCGGAGAAUAUGCAUCCUUCGCAAGACAAUGGAGAGACCAGCUGAAGACAACAGUCUGUCAAAGACAGACGAAGGCCUAUUACGCUUCACUAACGCACUGGUAUAUACCUUGGAGACACAUCUUAAGAUGGAAGUCGUGAAAACGAAUGAGUGGGAAGGUCAUGACGCCGACAUGGUCAUCUGUCCGGAGUUGUCCUUUGACUACCUCGCUACGAUCCGCAAACGAAGGCCCAACGGUCAGCGCGCCCCAGUGACCAUCUUUGUCGGUAUGGAUGCACUUGAGGCAGCGACCCUGCGUUCUGACGUCCGCGUCACCAAUCGGGAGUCGGUCGUAGAGAUUAUCACCCAGCCGUGCGGACCUUAUAAACUCGCUUGGGUUCUCAACCGAUGUUUGGAUCGUUACGAACACCCAGCUGAGAACUUGCAACCCACUGGUGUGUCUAGCCCACCGCCACAGCCCAUGUGGCAAAGUCCGCCACAACAGUCGCGUCCUUCAACACCAAUGAGGUCGAUGCAGAGUGCCAUUGAGUCUCUCGAUUCAGAUUCACCUAGACCGGUCGCUCCUUCUACAGCUGGAUCCACAGUUGCGCAGGCUUCGGUCACUUCGCCUACCUCGCCUCAAGAAGACGACCCUGUGAGAUCCCACACACUGAUCGUCGACGACAACCCGUUGAAUCGACGACUCCUAGUCGCGUUCAUGAAGAAGAAUGGUCUCCAAUUCGACCAGGCAUCAAAUGGACAGGAAGCUGUGGACAAGUAUCGGGAAGGACCGCGCAAGUACGACGUUAUAUUAAUGGAUAUGUCCAUGCCGGUCAUGGACGGUAUGAGCGCUACGCGAGCCAUCCGCGAAUACGAGCGAAACAACAAAUUGCCAAGGUGUUCUAUUGUCGCACUUACUGGGUUAGCAUCGUCGAGCGCUAAGCUGGAAGCGUGGAGUUCAGGGAUCGAUCACUUUAUGACCAAGCCUGUCAACUUCAAGGCGUUGGGAGACCUUCUCAAGAGCGAUGAGGUGCGGAGGCAUGCGAGACCAAGCGAAAGGGGUAAUACUGGGGCAGCAGCUGAUAUGCCUUCUGAGGGGUGUAAGACGUGA